UUGAGAUUGACUGGAGGGAUGGAGUGUGAGGGGGAGGUAGAGGUUUUCUUCAGGCAGGAGUGGAGGAGAGUUCUGCUGGACUCCUGGAGUGAGUCUGAGGCCUCUGUGGUCUGCAGACAGCUGGGCUGUGGUUCUGUACUCAACACCUCCAGCUCCUCUUCAUCCAGUCCUGAUGGGUUUCAACUGCUCUGGGAGUGAAGCUCAUCUGAGGAACUGCAGCAGCUCACAAGCAGUUAACUGCAGCUCCACAGAACAGCUCUACAUCACCUGCUCUGGCUACAGCUUCAUCAGGCUGGUUGGUUCUGGGGGAGACUGUGCAGGAAGGCUGGAGGUUUUCCACAGUGGAUCAUGGGGGACAGUGAGUGAUGAAUUUUGGGAUAUUGAGGAUGCGCAGGUGGUCUGCAGACAGCUGCAGUGUGGAGUCGCCCUCAGUGCUCCAGUACCAGUACCAGCCCGGUUUGGAUCUGGAACUGGACCCAUAUGGCUGAAUGAGGUGGAGUGUGAGGGGAACGAGGCAUCUCUGUGGAACUGCAGAUAUCAGCUGUGUGGAGAGGAUGAAUGUGGACACAAGGAUGAUGUAGGAGUCGUCUGCUCAGAGUAUAAAGAGAUCAGACUGACUGAGGGCUGUGAGGGGAAUCUGGAGGUGUUCUAUAAUGGAACCUGGGGGAAUGUGUGUAACAAUGGGAUGGAUGUAGAAACAAUGGGUCUCAUCUGUCGGGAGCUGAACUGUGGAAGAUUUAAGACUGAGAGAGCUACCAAAGCACGAGUGGAAUCAGCUCCUAACUGGCUGGAUGAUGUAAAAUGUAGGAAACAUGACUCUACUCUGUUUCACUGUCCAUCUUCAUCCUGGAGUCAGAACAAUUGUGAUAGAAGCAGUGAGGUGACUCACAUUACCUGCUCCGGAGAGAAGAAACAGCUUGCAUUUGAAAACCUUCAAAAAUUCUUCUUAUUUCCAAACCAGGGUCAGUGCUCAAAUUACAUGCCUAUUAGGUUGAGAGGAGGAGAGGAAAUCUGUUCUGGGAGGUUGGAGGUGUAUCAUAAUGCUGAGUGGGGGUCUAUAUGUGCUGAUCUGUGGGACAUCAGGGAUGCUCAGGUGGUCUGCAGGCAGCUGGGUUGUGGGCCGGCGCUGAGUGCUAAUAGAAGAGCUGUUGAUGGUUCUGGUGGACAGAGUGAAGUGUAGAGGGAAUGAGAUUCACCUGUGGGACUGUCCUCAUUCCCUGAAGAUCCACACUGGCUGCUCCCACAGUGCUGGAGUCACCUGUGCAGACAUAUUUGUCACAUUACCUUUUUCAUCUGAAACAACUACAACUUACACCACAGUACCAGCACAGCUAACAGAGAAAAAGACAGUCCCUCCUUCAAAAAAUCCAUCAUCUAAUUUUCCAUAAAUCUAUCCAGUGUCUCUCCUGGUUCUGGGAUCUGUGCUCUUCCUGGCCUUAGUGCUUCUGGUUGUGCUGUUUUAUCAGAACAGAGUGCUCAGGAGAGUGAUUUCUAAGGCGAGGAGGAAGACUCUGCUUGAGGCAGUCUAUGAAGAGGUUAACCAUAAAUGUGUCACUAACAGAUAUACUGAAAGAGGAAGUUUUAUCUCUGAAGAUCAGCAUUCAGGAUAUGAGGACGUAGAUGAGGAGCUUCUCUCAGGUAAGUUGACAUAUACUGAAUGUGUGUUAGAAUUUUUAAUGCAGAAGAAAAAACAUAUAUAUAUAUUUUGUUUUACAGAAAAAAGUUCCAUGCAAUAUGUGUAGGGUUCUGAAGUGUUUUAGCAGUUAGCAUCAGGCUUCAGGCCGAUAAGACUCACCCCUGAACGGGAAAAUAGUGAGCGUGGUUAGCGGGUAAUGCUAAUGCUAAAUUCAAUUUAUCUUUGACUACUCCAGUAUAUCCAUGUCUGGCACAAGUUAAAAACAAUGUCUUGCCUACUGUACAGUUUGUAAUAGUGAUUUUAGGAUUGCCCAGGGGUAACUAAAGGAUUGCAAAAGGCAUGUUGAGGUGAGUUAAUAUCCUUUGGUGUGUGGGAGUUUU